AUGACGCUUAAAGAGAGAACGGUACCUGAUGGGUUCUUCCCUAUAUUUUUGGCUGUAUUCUUUUUGCUAGUAUUUAUUGCUGCAGUAGCUAUAAUAAUCGAGGAAAGAAUUGCAACGAAAAAAACUAAUGAGGAGCAAGAUUUCACGGAAUGUUACGAAGACCUGAGAGGAAGGGACUAUCGUGGAAUGGUCAACACUUCAGCAAAUGGUUAUGACUGCCGUAAUUGGGAUGAGCUUGAUGACCGAUCUUGGGUAACCCCGGAAAACUUCCCGGGAGCUGGUCUCGGUGAUCAUAAUUACUGUAGGAAUCCAGACAACGAUUUCACUCCAUGGUGCUAUGUCAAUCACAUGUCUCUGAGAUGGGACUUCUGUGAAGUAUCAGACCCCCGCGAAAAUUGCAAGGUAUCAGAGUGUUUCGCAGAUGCUGAUGGUGGGGAUUACCGGGGAACAGUUAACACUACUGUCAAUGGUUAUGGUUGUCAAAUGUGGACGUCACAGAGCCCUCAUGUACAUGUAUAUACUCCAUCAAACUAUCCUGGCUCAGGUGUUGGAGACCACAACUUCUGUCGAAAUCCUGAUGGGAAAGCGUCUGCGUGGUGUUACACAAAAACACCCUCUAUACCUUGGCAGCAUUGCGAUAUUGGUGUGGCUGGUGAACACUGUGAAUUCACAGAAUGUUAUGAAGACCCGAAGGGCAGAGACUAUCGUGGGAUGGUCAACACUUCAGCGAAUGGUUAUGACUGCCUUAAUUGGGAUGAGCUGGAUAAUCGAUACUGGAUAACCCCUGAAAACUUCCCGGAUGCUGGUCUCGGUGAUCAUAAUUACUGCAGGAACCCAGAUAACGACCUCACUCCAUGGUGUUAUGUUGAUAAUAUUAUAAUUGGAUGGGACUUCUGUGAAGUAUCAGACCCGCGCGAAGACUGCAGUGUGACCACAGUGGCUCCUCCACAUAUACCAACGUCAAUGUUGACUAUUACGAUUGUUCCAGAGUUAUCAGAGUGUUUCGGAAAUGCUGAUGGUGGGGAUUACCGGGGAUCAGUUAAUACUACUGUCAAUGGUUAUGGUUGUCAAAUGUGGACAUCACAAAUCCCUCAUGUACAUGUAUAUACUCCAUCGAACUAUCCGGGCUCUGGUGUCGGAGACCACAAUUUUUGUCGAAAUCCUGACGGGAGAGCGACUGCGUGGUGUUACACAACUGAAUCCUCUAUACCUUGGGAUGCCGAUGGUGGUGAUUAUCGGGGUUCAGUUGACCAUACUAUCAACGGUUAUGGUUGUCAAAUGUGGACGUCACAGAGCCCUCAUGUACAUGUAUAUACUCCAUCAAACUAUCCUGACUCAGGUGUUGGAGACCACAACUUCUGUCGAAAUCCUGACGAGAGAGCGACUGCGUGGUGUUACACAACAAAUCCCUCUAUACCUUGGCAGCAUUGCGAUAUUGGAAUGGCUGGUGAAAACUGUGCUAAUAAAAUUAUGAACAGUCUCGUGGUUACAAAUUUAGUUGGCAUAGGGAUUGGACAAUCUAUUCAAGUUGAAGGUCGUAUUAAGAUCAAACUGAAAAGAAAAACUAUGUAA